UUAAUAUUGCUUUUCACAUAUUACAUUUUAUUCGUGUUGGAUACGUUACUACACGUUGACUUACGUGCCGGCUGAUGUAACAAGAGGAAGCUUGCUCGUUAGUUCCAUGUGUGUAACGAUCUUUUUGACAAUAGAUCGUAAUAAUCAGUAUUAUAACAUCAAAUGAAAAGGUUAAUUAUAGGUGAACAAUUGGAAAUUAACGAGAAAGCUGAUAUUUUAAUGACAAAGAAACAAUAGAAACAGUGAUUUAUUUGCCUAUUCAAAGAUUGCUGUAAUUUAAAAAUGCCGACUAUUGCAGUGAAACGUGAUUUAUUAUUCCAAGCAUUGGGCAAGACGUAUUCGGAUGAUGAGUUCCAAGACUUGUGUUUCAAAUUUGGUUUAGAACUAGAUGAAGUGACAACAGAGAAACAGAUGAUAGCAAGAGAACAAGGUUCUGACCAAGAUAUAGAUGCGUCUGAAGAAAUUAUCUAUAAAAUUGAUAUACCUGCUAAUAGAUAUGACCUCUUGUGCCUGGAAAGUCUAAGCAUUGGACUGCUUAUAUUUUUAAACAACAUAUCUAUUCCACACUACAAGGCGCUAAAACCAAAAAAGAUGGAAAAGAUUGUAAUGAGUCCAGAGUGCUUGAAAGUAAGAGGACAUAUAGUUGCAGCAAUUUUGCGAGAUGUUACUUUUACACAGGAUUCUUAUAAUAGUUUUAUCGAUCUUCAAGACAAGUUGCAUCAGAACAUAGGAAGAAAGCGUAGCCUAGUUUCUAUUGGCACUCAUGAUUUCGAUACAAUUAAAGGCCCAUUUCUUUAUGAUGCAAAACCGCCAUCUGAGAUAUGUUUCAAACCACUCAAUCAAAAUAAAGAAUAUACAGGAGAAGAGAUUAUGCAAUUGUAUGCAACGCAUGCACAACUGAAACAGUAUUUACCCAUCAUAAAAGAUAGUCCUGUUUAUCCUGUCGUAUAUGAUAGUAAUGGAGUUGUUUUAUCUCUUCCUCCUAUCAUCAAUGGAGAUCAUACAAAAAUUACGCUUAACACGAAAAACAUUUUUAUUGAAUGCACUGCAACUGAUCUCACAAAGGCAAGAAUAGUGCUGGACACUAUAGUCUGUGCUUUCAGUCAGCAUUGCAAAAAGAAAUAUACAGUUGAAAUUGUAGAAGUAGUGUAUCCUGAUAAUAAAACUUUUUAUUAUCCGGAUUUAAAGUAUCGGACAGAAGAAAUUGACUGUAACAAAGCGACAAAUUACGUUGGUAUUAAACAAACACCAAAAGAGGUUGCAGAAUUAUUAUCGAAAAUGUCUUUAAAAUCUAAGGUGAAGGAUAAUGAUAAAUUAGAGGUAGAAAUACCACCAACAAGACACGAUGUAAUACAUCCCUGUGACAUUUAUGAAGACAUCGCCAUCGCCUAUGGAUAUAACAAUAUAAAAAAAACUGUACCAUAUAUGUCGACAAUUGCAGCAGAGUUUCCACUCAACAAACUCACCGACCAAAUUCGAAUAGAGCUGGCGCAGGCAGGCUUCACCGAAGCGUUAACUUUCUCUUUGUGUUCACGAGAGGAUGUAGCGGAUAAAUUGGGACGUAAGAUAGAAGAUAUACCAGCAGUCCACAUAUCCAAUCCAAAAACUCUGGAAUUCCAGAUUGCGCGUACUACACUCUUACCAGGGUUACUUAAAACGAUAUCUUCGAAUAAGAAAAUGCCAUUGCCUCAUAAAUUAUUUGAAGUUUCCGACGUUGUAUUGCGAGACAAUACAGCGGAAGUCGGUGCGCGCAACAAUCGUCGUUUAUGUGCGGUAUAUGCUAAUAAAUCGGCUGGUUUCGAGAUCAUUCAUGGCCUAGUAGACAGAGUGUUAUUAUUAUUAGAGGUUCCAUGGAGCACUAACAAAGACAACACUGGAUAUUAUCUGCGCGCAGCUGAUGAUCCAGCAUUCUUUCCUCAGCGAUGCGCCGAAAUUGUCUGUUACGGCGAAGUGAUAGGAAGAAUGGGAGUUUUACAUCCGGAUGUACUUUCGAAGUUUGACUUGAAUAUUCCAUGUUCCGCAAUGGAAAUAGAUAUAGAAUCAUUUUUGUAAUGAAAGUAAACAAGUAACAAUAUGAAUUUGGCUCAAACAAGAAUUUAACUUAUUAAUCUUGGAUUGUAUUCGUAUCUUGAAAGAAAUUUGUGAUAAUGUAAUUUAUCUGGUUUAUUUAUAAAAGUUUAUUGAUA